AUGAUUUCUCUUAUAAGGAUACAUGUAGGAUCUAACAGUUUGAACUCUAGAAUACCUUUAUCUCUUUGGAGUCUUAGAGAUAUAUUAGAGAUAAAUUUUUCUUCAAAUUCUUUAAUUGGUAAUCUUCCACCUGAGAUUGGGAAUUUGAGAGCAAUUAUACUUUUAGAUCUAUCAAGAAAUCAGAUUUCAAGCAACAUUCCAACAACCAUUAAUUCCUUAUUAACAUUGCAGAAUCUCUCCUUAGCAGAUAAUAAACUGAAUGGUUCAAUUCCCAAAUCACUUGGUGAAAUGGUAAGUUUAAUCUCUUUGGACUUGUCCCAAAAUAUGUUAACCGGUGUUAUUCCAAAAUCCUUAGAAUCACUUUUGUAUCUUCAAAACAUCAACUUCUCAUAUAAUAGAUUACAAGGAGAGAUUCCUGAUGGUGGACAUUUCAAAAACUUCACAGCUCAAUCAUUUAUGCAUAAUGAAGCACUUUGCGGCGAUCCUCACCUCGAAGUACCUACAUGUGCUAAGCAUGUUAAGAAAUGGUCAAUGGAAAAAAAACUUAUAUUGAAAUGCAUACUUCCCAUAGUUAUGUCAGCCAUUUUGGUUGUUGCGUGCAUCAUACUUUUAAAACAUAAUAAAAGGAGAAAGAAUGAAAAUACUCUUGAAAGGGGUUUGUCAAUUUUGGGAGCUCCAAGGAGAAUAUCCUAUUAUGAACUCGUGCAAGCAACUAAUGGAUUCAAUGAGAGUAAUUUCCUUGGAAGUGGGGGAUUUGGCUCUGUUUAUCAGGGGAAGCUUCUUGAUGGUGAGAUGAUUGCCGUUAAAGUAAUUGAUUUGGAAUCAGAGGCAAAAUCAAAGAGCUUUGAUGCGGAAUGCAAUGCGAUGAGAAAUCUGCGACAUCGAAAUUUGGUAAAGAUUAUCAGCAGUUGCUCAAAUCUUGAUUUCAAAUCAUUGGUGAUGGAGUUCAUGUCAAAUGGAAGUGUAGACAGUUGGUUAUAUUCAAAUAACUAUUGUCUAAGUUUCUUGCAAAGGUUAAAUAUAAUGAUAGAUGUUGCAUCUGCAUUGGAAUAUCUUCAUCAUGGUUCUUCAAUGCCUGUGGUUCAUUGUGAUCUAAAGCCUUCCAAUGUCUUGUUGGAUGAAAAUAUGGUUGCACGUGUUAGUGAUUUUGGUAUUGCUAAGCUCAUGGAUGAAGGUCAAUCUAAAACUCAUACACAGACUUUAGCUACUGUUGGAUACCUUGCACCAGAGUAUGGAUCUAAGGGAAUUGUUUCUGUCAAAGGAGACGUGUACAGCUAUGGGAUUAUGCUAAUGGAGAUCUUCACAAGAAAAAAGCCAACAGAUGAUAUGUUUGUUGCAGAACUAAGCUUGAAGACAUGGAUCAGUGGAUCAUUGCCUAAUUCAAUUAUGGAGGUCUUGGAUUCAAAUUUAGUCCAAAUAACUGGGGACCAAAUUGAUGAUAUAUUGACUCACAUGUCAUCUAUUUUUAGUUUAGCCCUGAAUUGUUGUGAAGAUUCACCUGAAGCAAGAAUCAAUAUGGCAGAUGUUAUUGCGACGCUAAACAAAAUCAAGACUUUGGUUGUUGGCGCAAACACAGUCUAGUUAUUUUCAUUUGUAAACUGAUGUAAUUUUUUUUCCUUUUGUAAUGUUUGUGUUUGAUGUUUUCAAUAUUGUUUUUGGAUUGAUGUCUUGCUACUUCUGGUUUGUCCUUUCAACUGUCUUCAUUGUUGUAUGAGAAUGAAGUUGUGGCUAUUUCCUUAAUAUAUUUCCUUUUGCUUUUAAAGAAAUCGACUAGUGAAUAAGGAUCAUCACAGAAGCAUGUAAAUCGUGUUUAUUGUAUCCA